AUGGUUGGCAGGCCCUCAAGGGAGGCGCCCCCAGAUCAGGGACCAAAAGCCACUGGCAAGUGCAGCUUCUUGGUUGCCUGCUGGGGUGAGGGGAGGGGGGGCAAGUGGCAUUUGUGCCUGCCCCCUGGCGACAUCCCAGGUCACCAUCCUGGGCCUGGCUCUCCUGUGGCCAAGUGGCCACUUUCUGGGAGUGAGAGGAUGUCGGGUAGGUUCAUCCUGUGUUUGAGUUGUCUGUCCACAGACGGUUGGGGGUGGGGUCUGGUGCUGACGGUCUGUCCUCCUGCAGCUGUCUAUUGUGCCCCUUUUCUUGUCCUCCGUAUCCUCGCCUUUCUCCCGGAGCCCUGGAGGACACUCCUGCCUCUUCCCGGAGUCCUGCCUGGUGCCGUCCGCCGUGAGGCUGUGGCCCUGUGCUCUGGCCUAGCUGGGCUGGCCGGGAACCUUUGA